CUCGUUAAAAAAUAACAGUACACCCACUACAAAAAUAUUAUUAGUUUACGAUUUACUGAUAAAAUAAGCUGAUACGCGUAGCAAAAGCAAAAAGCUGUGUCGAAAUGGCUGGAAUCUCGAUGCAAGAUAUCGAAGCAGUGGAUGAUUACUGGGGACCCACGUUUCGUACCAUUCUUGAGGGUAACUCGCACGAUCAAGUUUCGGAGCAACUUGAAUCCAGAAUUCGCUCCCACGAUAAGGAUAUUGAACGGAUUUGCAACCUAUAUUAUCAGGGCUUUAUCGAUUCGAUAAGAGAGCUGCUGUUGGUAAAGUCCCAGGCACAAGGUUUAAACCAGGAAGUUCAAGCCUUGGAUGAUGGCCUAUCGAAAGCUUCGGCGGGUGUGAUUGCCAAGGGAAAUGAUCUGGUCAAGGCUAGGAAAGUGGAAGGAAACAUUGCCGGGGCAAUCGAAGGUUUGUCCAGCUGUCUGCCGGUUUUGGAAUGCUACUCGAAGCUGCUGAGACAGGUAAAAGAAAAGCGCUAUUAUCCGGCGCUGAAAACUCUUGAAUUGUUGGAGAACGAGUAUCUGCAGAAAGUUUCCGGAUACAGAUUUUCACAACAGAUGAGGGAAACUAUUCCGAAAUUGAAGGAAAACAUUAAAAAAUCCUCGGAGGAAGAUUUUCGGGAGUUUCUCGAGAACAUAAGAAAGUUUUCUCCGAGAAUUGGGGAGAUUGCUAUGAAGCAUACGAAGGAACUGCAGAAAAGAGAUUUAGACACAAUAAUAGCAGAGUAUAAGCAAAUGUCCUUGAAUGGAGAGUGCGUUGACGACGAUGAAGACGUUAAUGCGCAGGAUCUGAUAGAUUUUUCGCCAAUUUAUCGAUGUUUGCAUAUCUACACCGUUCUAAACGACAAAGAAUACUUUGAGAAGGACUACCGCAAACAGAGAAGAGAUCAGGCAAAACUAGUAUUACAAGCUCCUCAAACGAUGCACGAUAAUCUGGAAGCUUACAAGACGUACAUUUAUUCUAUAGUUGGCUUCUUCGUGGUUGAGGAUCACGUGAUGAACACGGGGGGAGAAAUUGUCACGCAAACAUAUCUGGACGAUCUGUGGUCCUCAUCUUUGACUCGAGCCGUGAAUGUGCUCAGUAUGUCCUCCUCAUCUUGCACGGAUCCAAAUAUUUUACUUCGCAUCAAAAAUCUGAUCAUGCUUAGCAUUACAACUCUUAAAAACUAUGGUUAUACUGUUUCCCAGUUGUGGGAUCUUUUAUUGGAAAUGCGUGAUCAUUACAAUGAAGUCUUGCUUCAAAGAUGGGUUAAUGAGUUUCGUGACAUUCUCGAUAAAAGCGACUUUCUUCCGCUGGAAGCCCAUUCCCAGGAGGAGUACGAUGCAGUUCUGGAACGUUUCCCUUUUCACUCGGAACAACUUGAAGCUCAACCGUUUCCGAAAAAGUUUCCCUUUUCCCGAAUGGUGCCGGAAGUGUAUCACCAGGCGAUGGAGUUCAUGUAUGCUUGUAUGAAAUUCUCCGAAGAACUUACCCUUUCACCGAACGAGAUUGCUGCGAUGGUUCGCAAGGCGGCAAAUUUACUGCUAACCCGUAGCUUCAGUGGAUGUCUGUCGGCAGUGUUUCGCAGCCCCAGUCUAGCAUUGAUGCAAGUGAUUCAGAUUAUUAUCGAUACACAGUAUCUGGAAAAGGCGGGCCCGUUCUUGGAUAGUUUUGUUUGUAAAAUGACCGGUACUAGCCAAAGUUUGACGCAGACACCGUCAGCUAUGUUUCAGGUCGCUCGUUCGGAAGCCGAACAGCAGGUCUCAACCAAAUUAUGCUCCAAAUUGGAUGAAUUCUUCGAAGAGCUAGAAGGUUACGACUGGCUUCUGCCGGAAAGCUAUGGACACGCAUCGCCCUUCGUAACGGAUAUGAUUGCAUUCUUGCAGAGUACUUUCCAAAGCUUCUCUUACAUUUUACCGGGUGUUGCUCAGGCUGCCUGCCGAAAAGCUUGUGAACAUGUGGCCACCCGCAUCUACAAGUUGAUCCUGUCCGAAGAAAUCAAACAGAUUUCCGGCGGAGCGUUGGAUCAAAUAAAUCUGGAUCUGAUGCAGUUUGAACUAUUUGCCGCCUCGGAUCCGGUUCCCGGUUUGAGGGAGGGUGAUUUGUCAAAGUAUUUUGCCGAGAUUCGUCAACUGUUGGAUCUACUGAUCUCGGAGGAUUGGAGCGCGUAUUUGCACGAUUUUGGCAAGGACGAAAAUCGGUACUCAUUGGUACAUCCGUCGACAAUCAUUGUGGUACUGGAGAAACUUCGCGAGGCGGAUAAAAAGUCGAUGCUCUCACUGAUGAAGUCAAAAUCAGAAAGGGACAAGAAAAAACUGCUGGAAACAGUUCUUCGUCAGUUGAAGCAACUGGCGGAGAGACAAAAUUAGUUAUAUCAAUUAAUGUUAAUGUUUCGGACUAUAAAAAACAUAUUUUCAACUACUCAGUUGAACGCUUUUUUAUACAUUAGCGGCAAUCAAUAAAGUAAUCGUUAAUUUA